UCACUGACAGAAUUUCACCAACUUAACCCCCAAUCCUCCAAGAAUGACAACAAAUUGCUAAAUUAUACAUCAGCUCACUUUAAUUAACGAAAAUUAGGAAUACCUGAAAACGAACAGCAAACAAUGAAUAAAGCCAAAGUUAAACUGAAAGUUGCCUCAAUAUUUUGGGCGGUUUUAUUCAACGCAAUGUGUUUGGCUGAUGGAAAUGGGGCUGUUGACCGGGGUUUGUUUGAAAUAUGGGGCCCUGGCCUAGAGUCCCAAAAUAUAGUCAUGCCUGCUCGCUAUUUCUUUAUUCGUCUUCUCAACUACAACAAAGAAAGCGUUCCAGACAAAUUCGAGAGCAACUUCCAAAUCACAAUCAAUGGGGGAACUGAACAGAACAAACCAUGCCGAAUUUGGUCGAAUAUUUUGAACCGAAAAGACGGUUCCCUGAUUGUAAGAUACAAAGUCUACGAUCAGUGUUCACGGCUGGAAAUCAGCGUUAAAUACCAACAGCAACAUGUGGCUGAAUCUCCCUAUUUGGUUGAAGGAUUAAUUAAUCCUGAUAGUUGUUACUGUCCAAAAGAGAACAUUGAUGGGGCGAUUGAUUCUUGGAAGUGCAAAGCUCUGCCGGCACAAAUAAGAGCCGACUUUGAGCCCUUUCAGAAGAUUGACUGGGACGUUACCAGACCAAAGGUGAUAAAGCAGUUUGAUAAGCCACAUUCAGUCAGCCUCUGCCACUAUGUGAUAAAAGACAACCAGGUAUACAGAAAGUGUUACGGCAACUAUGUGGGCUUCAACAUGUUUUCGGAUAGCAUACUGCUAUCGCUAACUAGAAAAGCUGCAGUACCUGACUUGGAAUUUUUUGUGAAUUUGGGAGACUGGCCUUUAUCUGCCCAGCAUUUGGAGGAUAAAUUACCGAUAUUUUCCUGGUGCGGAAGCGCUGAUACCAAUGAUAUAAUAAUGCCCACUUAUGAACUGACUGAGUCUGCCUUGGAAAACAUGGGACGGGUGAUGUUGGAUAUGUUAUCAGUGCAAGGCAAUGGAGAAUUCCCGUGGAAUCAACGACAGUCCAAGCUAUUUUGGAGGGGUCGCGACUCCAACCGUCACCGUUUGGACUUGAUUAGUUUAUCCAGAAAACACCCCGAAUUGUUCAAUGUAUCCCUGACUAAUUUCUUCUUCUACCGCGACGAGGAGGAUGUUUAUGGCCCAAAAACUGACCAUGUGUCUUUCUUCAGAUUCUUCGAUUAUAAAUAUCAACUGGCAAUUGAUGGUACUGUCGCUCCCUACAGAACCCCAUUUCUUCUAGGAGGAGGUUCUUUGAUUUUCAAGCCACACUCCAAAUACUAUGAGUACUUUUACAGAGACUUGCAACCAAAUACGCACUACGUUCCGGUGGAAUCUAACUUGUCUGACCUGAUAGAGCGAAUCCAAUGGGCUAAAGCCAAUGACGCGGAAGCGGAAAAAAUCGCCCGAAAUGGGCAGGAGUUUGCCAAUGAAAACCUGCUACCGCAGCACAUUUUUUGCUAUUAUUUCCAUCUGCUGAACGAGCUAAGUAAAGUGUUGGAGAGUGAAGUGCGCGUGCUGGAUGGGAUGGAACUGGUUAAGCAAAAGAACCUCAGCCCCUGCGAUUGUUCGCAAAUAAAAACAGCCGAGCGAGAUGAGUUAUAACACGAAUCACAGUGUUACUUUACAUUAGGGGCAAUAUUGUUCCAUCAACAUAUACAAGUGAAUACAAUUAGUAAUUUUUAA